AACCCAUCCUGGGAGUGGCGGAUCCAGUUCUCUUCGUCGACGAACAAGGAUCCCCGGACGCCGUCCACCGUUGUCAGCCCUGCGUGGUUGUUCUUGGGCAAUCAGUGAAGAAUUUUCGAUCCCUAGGGCUUUUUCAACUCCGAAAAUUCGAUAAACUGACAGGAAGGAGUAUAAUAUUUGGUAGGUGGUCCAGCUCUGAUCAAAUUGUUGCUUGUGGAACGCCUGAAUUUGAGAGAAAUAUGCAGAACGGAGAACAAACUCAAGAAGAUGGGCAGAUAGAGUCUGUGGCUUCCCCAAUGCCUGAAUUUGAGGAGUGGGCCAAUUUUGGGGAUGAUGACAUAAUGCAGCAACACUCUAUUGUUCAGUCCGAGGAAGCCAAGAAAAUACCAUUUGUUGGUGACAAGGAACCCCUCAGUUCCUUAGCAGCUGAAUAUGAAUCAGGCAGUCCUAUCUUGCUGGAAAAAAUAAAGUUGCUUGAUGAACAAUAUUCUGCUAUUCGGCGUACCAGGGGAGAUGGGAACUGCUUCUUUCGGAGUUUUAUGUUUUCAUACCUAGAGCAUAUUUUAGAAUGUCAAGACCAAGCAGAGGUUGAACGUAUCAAAGUGAAUGUUGAAGAAUGUAGGAAAACACUUCAAAAAUUGGGUUAUGCAGACUUGACGUUUGAAGAUUUUUUUGCGUUAUUCCUAGAGCAGCUGGAAUGUGUUAUCCAAGGAAAAGAGACUUCCAUAAGUCAUACUGAGCUUGUCUUUAGAUGCCGAGAUCAAUCAAUAUCGGAUUAUGUGGUUAUGUUCUUCAGAUUUGUUACCUCUGGUGAGAUACAAAAGCGCUCUGAAUUUUUUGAACCUUUUAUACUGGGCUUAACUAAUUCAACGGUUGAUCAGUUUUGCAAAUCAUCUGUCGAGCCAAUGGGUGAAGAGAGCGAUCAUAUACAUAUCACUGCUCUUUCUGAUGCAUUGGGCAUUCCGAUCCGUGUUAUGUACCUUGACCGCAGCUCAUGUGAUAAUGGUGGUGUCAGUGUGAAUCAUCAUGAUUUCUUACCAGCUGCUGGUGAUCUCAAACAUGCUAGCUUGAAGUCUCAAACAAACGAUCCUUUCAUCACGUUGCUUUAUCGCCCUGGUCACUAUGAUAUCCUUUAUCCAAAGUGAUGAAGUGUCAUGAUCUCCUUGGUACGCCUUUUCUCUGUGAGCCAUAGCUGCUCCGCGCUGCAGCUAACCAUGUAAGGACAUUUGUGGGUUACUUUUGAUAUUGGGCGGCCAGUUGUCCAAAGUUUAAGUUGUUUAGUUAAGACCCAACUAUGAACAAAGCUUUCAUCAUUAAUACUUACUAAUAACAUGAACUUUCGCCUUGA